AUGACGCAAGCAAAGCGCCCCAACUUCCUCAUCAUCGUCGCCGAUGACCUGGGCUUCAGCGACACCUCGCCCUAUGGCGGCGAGAUCGACACACCCAACCUGCAGAAGCUGGCAGAGGAGGGUGUCCGGAUGACGGGCUUCCAUACCGCUGCCUCGUGCUCGCCCACGCGGUCCAUGCUGCUCUCCGGCACCGAUGCCCACAUCGCCGGCCUCGGUGCCAUGGCCGAGCGCAUGGGCCGGUUUCCCGAGAUCUUCCAAGACAAGCCCGGCUACGAGGGCUACCUGAACUACCGGGUCGCUGCUCUGCCCGAGAUUCUUCAAGACAACGGCUACCACACCGUCAUGAGUGGGAAGUGGCAUCUGGGUCUCACCCUGGACACCGCGCCCCACGCGCGUGGCUUCUCCCGCGUCUUCGGCUACCUGCCCGGUGCCGGGAACCACUACCACCACGAGCCCCAGCUCUACGACGAGAAGGAGCCGCCUCGCCCCAACUUCAUGGGCAACGGCCUCUGGGUCGAGGACGGCAGGUGGCUCGACGGUGCUCCCGGCGGUGACAUCCCCGAGGACUUCUACUCCACCCGCACCUUCACGGACAACCUGCUCAAGUACCUGGACGAGCGGACCGACUCGCAGCGCGAGCAGCCCUUCUUCGCCUACCUCCCCUUCACCGCCCCGCACUGGCCCCUGCAGGCGCCGGCCGAGACGGUCAACAAGUACCGCGGCAAGUACAACGACGGGCCCAACGCCCUGCGCGACCGCCGCCUCAAGAGCCUCGUCGAGAAGGGCAUCGUGCCCGCCGACGUCGAGCCGGCGCCCAUGCACAUGCUCGGCACGACGCCCUGGGCCGACCUGCCCGAGGACAAGCAGAGGGAGUCGUCGCGCGCCAUGGAGGUCUUCGCCGCCAUGGUCGACCUCAUCGACGUCAACAUCGGCCGCGUGCGCGAGCACCUCGAGCGGACGGGCGAGUGGGACAACACCUUUGUCGUCUUCAUGUCCGACAACGGCGCCGAGGGCCAGCUGCUCGAGGCGGCGCCCAUCCUGCCCGGGCUGAGCAUGGCCCAGAUGAUCGACAAGUACUACAACAACUCGAUCGAGAACAUGGGCAACUACGACUCGUUCGUCUGGUACGGGCCCCAGUGGGCCUCGGCCGCCACGGCGCCCAGCCGGGGGCUCAAGUCGUACACCACCGAGGGCGGCAUCCACUGCCCCUGCAUCAUCCGCUACCCGCCCGGCAUCCCCGAGGCCGCGCGGGGGAGCAUCACCCCGACCUUCACCACCGUCAUGGACAUCCUGCCCACCAUGCUCGACCUCGCCGGCGUCAAGCACCCCGGCAGCACCUUCCGCGGCCGCCAGGUCGCCCCCGUGCGCGGCAAGUCCUGGCGCGCCCUGCUGGAGAACCCCACCGACGCCUCGGUCCAGAUCUACGACUCGGAGAAGGACAUCGUGGGCUGGGAGCAGCUGGGCAUCGCGGCCGUGCGCGUGGGAGACUGGAAGGCGCUGUUCCUGCCGCCGCCGCGCGGCGAGGGCAAGUGGGAGCUGUACAACGUCGCCAAGGACCCCGGUGAGGUGCACGACCUGUCGGAGAAGGAGCCCGCCAAGAUGGAGGAGAUGCUGAUGCACUACAACACGUACUUCCAGGAGUCGGGCCUGUUUGACUCGUAUGCCAUGUGGGUGGAUAAGAUGAAGGCGGAUGGGGCCACGAGGGUGUGGUAA